UGCCACUCUAUGACAACUCCACAACAUCAAUAGCCCGAGCUACCCGCUCCCCACAUUCAUUUAAUCAUGAGUGCGACCACGACAAAAAGCAAAAGGGGGCCGACGGUGUUGAUGACAGAUGCUCGGGAUCCAAAUCCACGACUUUCGCCACGAAUGCCCGUCCUACGGCCCGGGGCGAAACUUAUAUCGGUUGACAACAUCCUCCAAUAUGCUUCGGACAUCCCGUCGCAGCAACGACGCGGCCCUCCGAAUCAGCGUCCCCUCAUACACACUCGUACACCCAGCGGCCGCCAUCCACUCGACCCAAAGCUCUCCGGUCGCCUCAUUCCCCAACAUAUUCCGACGCGCUCGAGCAAACUCAGUGAGAAGCUAGUGCUUCUGCCUGAGGCCGUCGUGGAAGCGGAUGAUGAGAAGGGAAUUUUUGAUGAGGAUGAUGAAGCGCCGCCCAAGGAUGAGGAUCUGCAGAGGAGGAGCGUAACGGGUGGGUUGAAGGAUAAGAGCUACGCGGAACGGUUGCCCAAGGCGAGGAGAGCAGAGAAGUUGGCUAGGGUCACGGCGUAUUGCACGGCGCAGGCAUACAAGAUGAAGAGCACCGCCGAGUUUGUCAAGACCCAGCAUAAUGCGAGGACGAAGUUGUAUGACGAUUGCUUGUACACAGUCUAUCAUUUACCGUUGUUGCCGGGGAGCGAUGGGUAUAGAGUCAGGAGUAGUCCAGCGCUGAAGAGUCCUGGUGGGAAGACGGUGCUCGAUGAAGAGAUUGAGAGGAACGAGCAGAGAGAGUAUCAUGAGGGGUAUUUUGGGGAUGCCGAACAGUACAGCAUUCGAGGUGGAGAGGAAGAAAGUCCAGGCCAGAGUCCCCACGACCGGCCCCAAAAUGAGGAGCAGGGGGAACAUUCGUCGGAUUCUUCACGCAGGGAAUCGAUAGAGGAUGGUGCUCCACCCCGGGUUCCACCAAACGCCCUCUCAUUUGGUGAAAUGUUUGUCUUUUCAUACGGCGUCGUAGUGUUCUGGAAUUUCACCGAACGACAAGAAAAGGAUAUCCUCGCAGAUCUGACGUUCUCCACUUCCUCAACUGGCAUAUUACUGGCUACGCGACCCCUGAGCGAAGCGGACUUUGAGACUGAGGAGUUCCAUUUCGAGUAUAACCCAGAUAUUCCUAGGCCCAGAGUGUUCAACGACAUGAUCACAUUGAAAAGUGGAGAUCACAUGAUCAAACUUGCCAUGAGCCAUGCGAUUGCUCAAAGCACGAAACUAAGUCUGUUUGAGGAAGGCAUGUCACGGACGAUGCUACAAGCGCAAUAUAUACCUAAACGGCUGGCAUUAACUGGAAAGCUGGGGAUGGGGAGAACGGAGGUGGUCAAGAUGAUAGGGCAGUUAUUCACCAGCCGGGUGGAUGUUAACCUUUCGUCCAACAUGCUCGAUACGCCGAACUUCUUCUGGGAGUCAGAACCCACACUCCACCCGCUGUACACGGCCGUCCGCGAAUACCUCGAAAUCAAACCACGCAUCCAAGUUCUGAACGAACGGUGUCGUGUGUUCCUCGACCUAGGCGAGAUUCUCUCGGACUCGAUAUCCGACAAGAAAAUGACGCGGAUCACGUGGAUCAUCAUUGUGCUCAUCGUCCUCAGCAUCUGUGUCACUUGUCUAGAGGUGCUGCUGAGAUUUGCAAUACUUCACAGCAAAGGAAAGGCCACAGACGUGGUGGGGAAGCCGGCCAUCGCGGGACCGAGUCUGCUGUUUGGGAGAACCUUAAUAUGGACGGUAAAAACCGCGAGAUCAAGAAUUGCCGGAUAGGGAUAUGUAGUUCUGAGUUGUGGGUUGCAUAGCGUCGGAGUUCUACACACACGUUCGUCUAUUUCCUCCUUAUUCAUAGCCUACAGCAGACUUGAUAGCUACUUUUCUUCGGAAACGCCUUCCGUGUCAUUUCAAUCAUUAUCACUCACUCUCACCCGAGAGCCCUCGCCUUCACCCGCCCUCAUACCAUCGAAACCGAGGCCCAAGAUUUACUCAAUCCGGAACGCGGUUUGUUCUGGUUCCUGUUUGAUGAGCAGGGGCAUUAAAACGCCUCUUAUUACACAUGCUAAAUUGGUUGCACAUUUUCCAGCCCUUCCCCAAAUACUGCCAGCCCAGUUUUCGAGGCAGUGCCUGUAUCAAGAAUCGCGAAUCUGAC